AAAAUCGCGUAAACCAAGUAAAUCGCGACGAUUGCUGAUCAAUGUUCGUUCAAUAACAACCCAUUAUUAUUGUACGGUACAAAUUGUCCCACUCGGUGCUGCACGGUGGCCAUCGAAUCGUUUAGUGUUUCCCUUAACCAGGCGCAAUGAGUCCGCUAAUGUCGAAGGCACUGGCUUUGCACCAAUUCCGACCGGUCGCGUUCAACUUGGUGGUGCGCCUGUUUUCCGUUUCGGUACACCACAACACACGAUUGGCCGAAGUGGGCCGGCUCGAGCUACCGAAGGCGCAGGGCAAAUACGAGACCGGGCAGCUGUUUUUGCACCGUGUCUUUGGCUACCGUGGUGUGAUAUUGUUUCCCUGGCUCGCGCGCGUUUACGACCGCGAUCUGCCGAACCCGGCAAAAACCCAUCAGCUGGAGAGCGGUGGUGGUGGUACGGCGUCAUCGGCGAACGGGGGCUCUGGCCCAAGCGCGGCCAGCAGCGGGAAGGAAGUGCAGAAGAAGACGCACACAUUCUACCAGGUGCUCAUCGAUCAGCGCGAUUGUCCGUACAUACGGGCCCAAACGGAGGCCGUCACGUUCCUCGGCAACCAGGAAUCGAGCCGCAGUCUGUACGCCAUCCCGGGGCUGGACUAUGUGGCCCACGAGGACAUCCUGCCGUACAGCUCGGGCGAACAGCAUCCGCUGCAGCACGAGCUGUUUGACAAGUUUCUGGCCCACCAGCCCGACAAGGAUCCACCGUUUGCGGCGCAGGAAACGUUGCGGGCAUGGCAAAAGAAAAAUCACCCCUGGUUGGAGCUCUCGGAUGUGCACAAGGAAACGACCGAGGGAAUCCGGGUGACCGUGAUACCCUUCUACAUGGGAUGCCGAGAAACGCCGGCGGCAUCGGUCUACUGGUGGCGCUACUGCAUCCGGUUGGAGAACUUGGGCGAACUGAGUGUGCAGCUGCGCGAACGCCACUGGAGGAUAUUUUCGCUCUCGGGCACACUGGAAACGGUACGCGGCCGCGGUGUGGUCGGCCAGGAACCGGUGCUGAGCCCGCGUCUGCCAGCGUUCCAGUACAGCUCGCACGUGAGCCUUCAAGCACCGAGCGGCCACAUGUGGGGCACGUUUCGUAUGGAGCGCGAGGAUGGCCAUAUGUUCGAUUGCCGCAUACCGCCGUUCUCGCUCGAAAGCAAACCGGACGAUAACAGUGGCAACGGGGCGGACGAAACCCAAAGUGCCAAUCUGGCCGCCGACGGUGACGUGACCGGCACCACCGAAACGCCUAACGAACCAACGAGCCCGCCGUCGACGACAUCGUCAAAACCAAAUACGAAAAACAACAAAAACGAUGGCGACGAAAGCGGCUGAGGUGCGGGUUCGGGAACGCGACGCGCCGUCCACUGUGUUUACGGGAAAAAAAGUUAUCCAACUGUAGGGCCAUAGAGAGAGGGAACCCGCGCAAGUAGCUCAAGCAGAAUAACACUCAUGUAAAUAAUCUUCUAUCGUUAAUCUGUAUUGAACAUCCGAGGAUAAUACAAUCGCAACAAAGCAUGGACC